AGCGCCGUCUGCUGUACAAUGAGGUUAAUAGCAGCUAAUUCAACUGGAUUGAUUUUAGGAGAUCAUGCUGCAGGACUGAAGGAGAAAAGACUGCAAAUGUUCGACAGUGUAAGAAAAUGACUCAGCGUCCUAACAAAGGUAUGGAUAAAUUCUACAAACUGUUCCAGAAGUUAGACAGCAACAAUGACGGUUAUAUCAGAGUGGAAGAGCUGCACAGUGAAAUGAAGAAAAUUGGAGUUGUGUCUGCUGAUGACAAGGCUCGGGGCAUCUUAAGGAUGUAUGACACGAAUGCCAGUGGGCGUUUAGAAUAUGAUGAGUUUCUUAGCUACAUGAUGGACACUGAAAAGAAAUGGAAAAUAAACUUCCAACUAAUAGACAAAAAUAAAAGUGGGUUUGUUGACCAGAACGAAGUCACAGAAUUGUUCAAGGAUUUAGGAGUGGAGAUAACAAAGAGACAUGCAGAAAAAAUAAUACAAAUGAUGGACAAGGAAGGUUCCAUGACUGUAGACUGGGAUGAAUUUCUUCAUCACAUCAUCCUGAAUCCAGUAGACAACAUAGAAGAACUGGUUUCUUCCUGGAAACGUAGCAUGGUAUUUGAUGUUGGUGAAAGUUUGACCAUGCCAACGCAAUUCACAGAGGAAGAGAUUAAUUCAGGUGCCUGGAAAAAGAUGCUUUUUGCUGGAGGAGUAGCAGAUUCAGUGUCCAGGACUAUCACUGCACCAAUAGAUCGCUUAAAAAUCCAACUUCAAGUGGAUAGUUCCAAAGGGGUCUUGCAUGGCUUAAAACAAAUAAGACCAGAUGGCUUAAAGUCUCUGUGGCAGGGGAAUACAGCGAGCAUUAUGAAAGGAAGCCCGCAGUCUGCUUUUCAGUAUUUAAUAUACAGCCAGAUAAAACUCUUUGGUCAUGUGACAGAAGAUGAUUUAAAUAUCCAUCAGAGGUUUGUCCUGGGCUGUGUCUCUGGAGCGGCAGCACAUGCAGUUUUCUAUCCCUUAGAGAUUUUAAAAGUCAGGCUGAACCUCCAGACAGCUAGUGUGUACACAGGCAUCAUUGGGUGUGCUAAGUCCAUGUACCAAAAGGAAUCAAUACAGGCCUUUUAUAGAGGGUUUAAACCCAGCAUCCUCUGUAUGAUACCAUAUGCUGGUAUAGAGUGUGCAGUCUACAAGACAAUGAUGAACUGGGCAAACACAGAUCCAACAAACACCAGCAUCACACAGCUGUUUACCUGUAGCUCUGUUGCAUUUGCUUGUGGCCAUGUGGCAAGCUACCCUUUAGCCACCAUCAGAACUAAGCAACAAGCUCAGGCUCUUCAAGAUACAGUGAAUACAUCAAGUGUUAUUGAAAUGUUUCAAAACAUCUACGUGAAAAAUGGAGUUAGAGGUCUAUACAGUGGAAUGGGAGCUAGCUUUGUGAGGGCAUUUCCAUGUGUCUAUUUAAACUAUCUCAUAACUUCUAAACUGGAAUUUUAUUUUUCUUUGAACACAUGACUGGUUUCGUUCAUCUUUUUUGAAAUUUCAAAAUUAUAAUACACAAAAUGAAUGAUGCAUGUAAUGUCAAGGAGACACUCCAUUUUAGCGCCUUGCAAAAGAACUAAACCUGAGCAACUGAAAAAUAAACCCUUAUUGUACAGAAUUUAGACAAUAUUUUGUAUAUUUAA